AUGGAGGGCGUAACUCGGUUGAUGCCAUCUUUCUUAAGAAGCCAGUUACUGGCAGUUUGCCCGUUUCGUAUAUAUUUCCGACUUAGUUGUUGUGUAGACACACUAAUGUACGUAUUGGAAAUCUAUAUACUAUAAGUAUAGAAAUGUUUAUGUUAUGGUCACUCGCGAUAGAAUCGAUCGAUGAAGCGCUAGCUCUAUGCAACGUUUCUUUUUCUACCCCUUCCAAAAGAACGUUAUCUAUUCGUGGAGUUUAUCAUUUUUUUUACCUGAGUCGUUCUUCCAGUUUAUGGUGUAACAUAUCCGCACAUAGCAGUUUACUAACGAUAGACGGCACGUUCUCUUAGUUCGUAGGUCAACGACCCAGUCCGGGUUUGGUCGAUAGUGUUUGGGUUUACUUGCUUACAGAUGGUUCAGACAGACGACGAAUGAUAGUUUUUCAGCUGCAGUUUACGGAAAGGUAGCUCUUCUUUUAUAUAUAUAUAUAUAUAUCGAAGAAGAUGCCAUCUACACUGGCCUCAAGUAGAUAUUGUGUUAUCCCUACCUUCCGGGCUUUGUAUUUCACUUCAUGAACUUCUGGCAACACUUUUUUAUUAUUACUGUAUUAUUAUUAUUAAGUUAGAAAAUAAUUCCGGUUACUCCGAUAUAAUUCAAUUUCUUAUCAGUAAAAGUUUCUAGUUUAAAAAUGACUUUUUCUAUCUUUCAAAAUCUAAUUAUCCAUUAAUAAACAAUUAUAACCGGAUAAAAUUAGCUCAGGGAUGGGUAAAGAGGGAAUUUAUGACACUCGAGAGAACGUGAUCCACAGCAAACCAAAUUUAAUCAACUUCUUAGAUUUCCUAACUGCGUCAAAAGUAAUAGUAGUUAUCACUUCCUUUUGAAAGUGUCGUAAAAAUGGAGAUGGGUCUGUAAAUCAAAUACUCAACUGCCACUUUAAACGCUUCGUUAAUUAUUAUUAUUAAGUGUUUGAAUAUGACGACAGUUUUAUUAGACAUUUUAAUACGUUAUUCUAACUUCUGAUAUCAUUUAAAAAAACAGUAAGAUUGGCAUGAAACCUAUGUUUUUAUCCCCGUUAUCUAGCUUAAUCUGUGUGAACUUCAUUGUGAAUUAUGAUAUAGGUCCGUGUUAUUUGUGUGUAAACUAAAACGGACGUUUAUACAGCUGUAAAGUAUCUUUAGAUUAAAUCCUGACAACCGAUCAACUAGAUAUGGCCAGUUUAAGACGUAACAUGCCAGCCCGAGUUGUGAUGAGACUUCUGUAUGUCGCCUGUAUCUGGACGUGCCUCUGUUACGUAGUAUUUAAAUUGAGCUAUUCCAAAGGCCCAGUUACAUAUCUUUACGCUCACGUCAAUAGAGGGCUGUUAGAAAAAGUAUCUGGUGAAGUAAUUACGACGACCGCUUCGGCUGACAAUGUUCCUACACCCGGUAUACCGCAAAAGUUCCUUGAUCUCAACCCUCAAGUGGACAGUUCCCCCUCGUUGAGUGAAAAAGAGUUAUUGAGUUCAUUAGCCGAUCGUUCUAACCUUCCUCUCGCAUACUGGACCACAUAUAAAAACCGUCCUGUAGGCAACAAGACUUGCGCUCGCUUUCCCAGCCUAUACGAAUUAGAGUUUAAUAAUAUCUACUGGCAAACAUUACGCACUUCUAACGGCACUUUCUAUCUUUAUGGUGCCUAUUACGAUGAUAGAUGGAGAGCCGGUGGCAUACCCAUUGUAAGAAUAUUAGGAAUGGUAGAUAAAAUCAAACCACUCCCAACCACUUGUCAGCUUUGGUUCGAUGGGAUGAAAACUGCCGUUUUCUCUCCAACAACCUAUACUUACGGUUGGUACAGUAAAUGGGGCAAUUAUAAAGAUGGAAUUUUGCAGCCUUUUAUCAUCUCUUGUAAAAUACCGAAGAAGGAAUCGGGUGGUAAAGUACCAUCUUCAGUAUCUUUGGUCGAGCACAGAUGUGAUAAACCAACCACAAACUUACGAGUGAUCAACAAUCGACCGAAAGUAAAAGAAAACUUCGCUGUCUGCGUGAAAGGUCUGGAUUUUCUCCAUCAAGACUUGAGUGUACGAUUAGUGGAGUGGAUCGAGCUCCUGAAUAUUUUAGGAGCACAGAAAAUCUUUCUGUACGAGCUAGAAAUACAUCCCAAUAUCUCUAAAGUACUGCACUAUUAUAAGAAAAUGGGUCUGGUAGAUCUGACUCCCAUUACUUUACCCGGAAAUCAGCCAAAUAUACCGGGAUUCAGACACUUUUAUCUGAAAUCUAAGCUGACUCACAAAAGGCAAAAUGAAUUGAUUCCAUAUAACGAUUGCUUAUACAGGAAUCUUUACUCAUAUAGUUACGUAGUUUUAUUAGAUACGGACGAAAUAAUUAUGCCAAUUAAGCAUAAAAACUGGAAAGAUUUAAUGGACGAUGUUGUUAAAUUGGCGCUAAAGGAGAAAAAUUAUACACGAGCUAGUUAUAAUGUCCGUAAUGUUUAUUUUCUGGACGAUCUCCAAGAUGGCGACGAAUUGACUCAUGUAGCACACGAACAUGGUAUACCCCGAUAUUUUCAUAUGCUGCAACACGUCUAUCGAUCGAAAAAUUUUACUAAACCGGGCGCUUACGUUAAAUGCUUCCACAAUACGGAGAGAGUAGUAUCUUUGCAUAAUCACUUCCCACUGAAUUGUUUGGGGACUUGCACAACUUUCUCCAUUAAUACCUCUCUGGCUCAGUUGCAACAUUACAGGAAAGAUUGUGUGGGAUCAUUAAAAAACAGCUGCAAGACUGACUUUCGAAUCCACACCAUACGUGACACGAUCAUUUGGCGCUAUAAAGAUGAAUUAGUGAAAAGAACGGCGAACGUCUUAUCGAAAUUAGGAUUCUUUUCUUAAUCAUUAUCUAUCCGAGUCAUAUUUUUUAGUGAUUUUGACUAUUCACCGCGUGGUUCCGGUGAUGAUUUCAUGUGGGCAAUAGCACGCAAAACAAGACAUUCCUGUUUUAUGUGCAUAAAUUUGCAAGUAUGUCAAGGAGUACGAAAAGGUGAAUCAGGAAGAUGUUUUACAGGAAAGAAUUUUCAAUAUAAAAGGACCAGCGUAUUUGUAAAGUUGGAAACAAGUGUUCUUUUAUUUGUGUCAAACGGGUACAGUUUUUUUUUUGUUUGUUUAAUUUAUAUCAAAACAUUUUGGUGCCAUCUUUAAGUAGAUACUGAACAUUCCACGAGUGUGUUGAAGGGAAAAUGUGAAAUAGUAAAUUUUUUUUUAACUUUUAUUCGUAUUUAAAAUGAGUUCCUGUAGUCACCAACCGAUAAAUAUCACUCAUAAUUCGAAUAAAAUGACGUAUUUUAUACGAAACAACUCAUCCAUUCAAAUUGGCCCGAUAAACUUCAGUUUAUGAAGUGUAGGUGAAUCGAACAAUUAAAAUCCCUACUGAUUAAUUUGUUAUGAUUCGCCUCUCCCAAAUUUCCUCGUAUUUGUGCCUAUAAAACCUUAUCAUUCUUAACGUCAAUCUGUGAAUUCGAUGUGAAUAAAACCGAUUUCUUAACAGUA